AUGCUCAACUCUGCCGUUGAUGGGUCAGAGUCGGAGCGUGCGCGGUGGGCCUGGUCACCGAAGGUGGCCUUAGCAACGCUGCACGUCUGUCCGCCUACAGGAGCCUGAGGCCGAGCCCAGCGCUGGCGUGAGAGGGAGACCACAGAUAGACAUCGAGCAACAUAACCAUCUCAUCUUGAACCCAAACCCCCUUCCGCCCCGGUCUAACCUAGCCAUGUUGGAGGGACUGGCAGCCUGGGUCCUCAACACUUAUAUUGGCAAAUAUGUAAAUAACCUCAACACAGACCAGCUCUCCAUAGCCUUGAUGAAAGGAGCUGUUGAAUUAGAAAACCUCCCUCUGAAGAAAGAUGCCCUCAAAGAAUUGGAUUUACCUUUUGAGGUGAAAGCAGGUUUUAUUGGGAAGAUAACAUUGCAGAUCCCAUUCUACCGGCCUCAUGUGGAACCAUGGGUAAUAUCCAUUUCUAGACUCCAUCUGAUUGGUGCGCCAGUUAAGCAGUCUGAGUUUGAUGAAGAAACGGAACGUUCACUGGACAGAAAAAGAAAGAGUGCAUUGCUGGAUGCUCUGGAGGCUAACUGGAAGAGUAACCAGCAGCAGAAAGGAGAAUCUUACUGGUACUCGGCUACUGCUUCCAUGGUAACCAGGAUUGUGGAAAAUGUGGAGCUGAAGGUUCGAAAUGUUCACUUGCGUUUUGAAGAUAACAGCACUGAACCUGACCAUCCAUUUGCAUUUGGGAUCUGUAUCAAGAGUGUGUCUGUGCAGAAUGCAGAAGAUGAGUUGAUUGAGAAAUCGAUCCGGAAGAAGAGACUACAGAUUGAGGAUUUCAGUAUUUACUGGGAUGUGGACUGUGAAUUGCUAGGGGAUAUUCCUCCUACUGAACUCCAGGAAGCCAUGGAUUAUUUUUUGGAAAACAGAGACCACAAGUACAUACUGGAGCCAGUUUGUGCCUCUGCUCUGUUAAAGAGGAAUGGAACCAAAGAACCCUUGCGUUCCCGGAACACUCCACGCAUUGAGUGUGAUGUCAAUCUGAAGACAAUUCCGUUAAAACUAUCACAGGUACAGUACCAGCAAUUGAUGACAUUCCUGAAAGAAAUGGAAAGAAAAGAGCGACAACUCCAACUAAGAAAAUGGAGGCCAAAAGUUCCUGUCAAAUCAAAUUCACGUGAAUGGUGGAAUUUUGCUCUGAAUGCAAAUCUCGCUGAGAUCCGUGAGCAGAGGAAGCGAUUAAACUGGUCAUAUCUAUUGCAACGAGCAAGAGAUGCUGUAUUUUAUGCAGAGACAUACCAUCAUAAGCUGCAAGGAAGCCUGAAUUCUUUUGAAGAAGAGGAGUUGGAGAGAAUUGAGGAUGAGCAGACCUUUGAGGAAUUGAAAAUCUUGCGAGAAAUUGUGUAUGAACGUUUUAAGAAACAGGACACACUGGCCGAGAGCCUGCGUGAGCCACCAUCAGAACCUCUAGGUUCUUCCUCAUGCUCAGAAUCUAUGCAUAAAAAUCGCAGUGGCAUGAUCCAGUACCUGCAGUCUUGGUUCCCUGGAUGGGGUGGCUGGUACGGCUACUCCCAGAAUCCUCAGCAGACGGAGCAGGGUGUGACUGUAGAGGGCCUGACAGCUGAAGAGCAACAACAGUGGAGUUCAGAAGAGGAUCUAGCUGCUGAUGAAAUCUUUGACACCAUGACUGACACAUCGAACAUGAAUACAUUCACAAGGAGGGACCAUGUGUUCAUCAAACUAAACUUCCUGCUACAAAGGGCGACUGUCAGUUUGCUCAAACAUGAUAAAGACAUGGGCCUUGAUGAGACAGAGACAGCCUUUGUGGACUUGGAAUUUUCGGGAGUGAAAAUUGGCGUGGAGUCCUCCCCUCGCACAGAGUCAUCUUUGUUCUCCGUACAGCUGGGAGGCCUGUUCCUGCGAGACUUGGCAACACAAGGAUCCUUAUUCCCUGUCCUAGUUUCACCCAAACCGGAAAAAGAUGCUGCAACCUUAUCUCAAACAUUGGGUUUACGCUCCACAUUAUCUGAGGCAACAGCUUUUGGCUCGCUAUGUAAGAUGCCAUCUGUAUUUGAAAUGGUUUACGAAAAAAAUCCGAUUCGCAGUAACUACGAGAGGAGAUUGGAAGUCAGCACUCGGCCUCUUAAUAUCAUCUACAACCCUCUAGUAAUCAAGAAAGUUGCAGAUUUCUUCUACAAGGGCAAAGUUCAUACCUCAGGCUUUGGCUACCAGUCAGAGCUUGAACUACGGGUAGCGGAAGCUGCUAGACGGCAGUACAACAAAUUGAAAAUGCAAACAAAGGCUGAAAUCAGGCAAACCAUUGACCAGCUUCUGGUGGGCGAAUUCAUUGAAAAUGACAAACGCUGGAUGAUGAAAUUAGAUAUCUCCGCUCCUCAGGUGAUUUUCCCCGAUGAUUUCAAAUCCCCAGAUUCCGUACUUGUUGUUGUGGAUUUAGGUCGAAUUCUGCUGACGAAUAUCGGAGAUGAGCCAAAAGGUAGAGGCAAUGGAGGAUCUUCAGUCCAAGACGAAGAGAUCAGUGAUGACGAGUACAAGACGCCACUAGCCACGCCACCCAACACCCCUCCUCCAGAGCCCAGUUCUGAUCCUGGAACAAAGACCCCAGAAUUCCUGACUUUAGGAUUUACUGAGGAACAACUGCAGCAACAUUUUAUCAACAAUAAGCUGUAUGAGAAAUACUGUCUAUCCUUCAUGGACAUGCAGAUCAUGGUUGGGCGAGUCAUGGACAAUUGGAAGCAUGUUCAGGACAGCGAAGUUGGGCCAACUCACGUCGUUGAGAAAUUUAAUGUGCUGUUACAGCUAGAACGGCGGUUAAUGUACACCUCUGAUCCAAAUCGUCCUGGUGCGAUGCUGUCUGGGACCUUGCCUGAGCUGAAAAUACACGUGAAUGAGGAUAAAAUUACAGCAUUGCACAACUUUUUGUUGAGGGUGACUGCUUCUGAGGUGCAGCAGAAAAUAGGUGAGCAGCAAUCUCUGCGACGAGAAAAAAUCUUUAAGAAGGUGGAUAGCCGAGGGAAGCUGCUGGAUUCAAAGAUGAGCCUGACACAGAGCGUAAUGUCACUUGAGCAGCAUACUCGUGAGGUAUUGGUGGAGUCCAAACUACUCCUAGCAGAAUUCAAAGUCAAUUACAUGCAGCUGGGAGUUGAGAGUUGUGGACGAUACAUCUCUGUAUUGAAAGUUUUUGGCAUCAACUCCAACUUUGUGAAGAGGCCCUAUGACAGUGAAGUGACACUUACUGUACAUGGAUUAUUGUUGGUGGACACUGUCCAAACCUAUGGUUCAGACUUUGACUUGCUGAUGGCUUCCCACAAAAAUUUGAGUUUUGAUGUUCCCACUGGCAGUCUUCGAGAUAGUGGAGCACAAUCCCCUGUCUCUCCUCACUCGUCUAUUGCUACAUCAGUCAAUGGUACCUCACUGGAUAAGAAUAAGAACACACUAAGCAACACUUCAGCAUUAGAAGAGCAAGUCACUGCAUCCUGUCCUGCUCAGGACCAGGAUGUCCUAAUUAAACUGGAAUAUCAAUUUGUGAGCUCUGACUGCCCAUCUAUGAACUUGGACAGCUCCUUACAGGUCAUGUCAUUGCAAGUUAAUAAUCUGGACAUCAUCCUUAAUCCAGAAACCAUGGUAGAACUCAUUGGCUUCUUACAGAAAUCCUUUCCAAAAGGCAAAGAAGAUGCAAGUCCACAGCCGUCACUUGUAGAUCCAGCAAUGAGUUUUGAGGACCGAGAAUCCAUUCAGUCUACCUAUGAUCAGAACACACAGGUGGCAGUAGAAAUCCAUCGGCUCAAUAUACUGCUCCUCCGGACUGUUGGGCUUGCAAGUGGAGAGAAAUUGGGAAGAAAAAUUGCUACAGCUAGUAUUAAUGGCACAAAGGUAAAUGUUUCCAUGGGUAGCCGAUUUGAAAUGCAUGGGUCUCUUGGCUGUCUUCAACUUGUAGAUUUGACCCAGGAUGAAGUAAAGAACCAUUUUGUGGUGAGCAUUGGAAAUACAGAAGCAUAUGAAGCAGUAAGUGACUUGGGUUUCUUUCAGUCGGUUUUCAUGAGGCCUGAAACUGAGAUGAACCACAGCGAAGCACUGAGCUUUAAAUUUAUCGAACAGUCAGAGGAAGAGUUUUUGCUGAAUCUGCACAUGGCGUCAUUACAUUAUAACCAUUCCCCAAAAAUUCUUAAAGAACUCACCUUAUCUAUGGAUGAACUCGAAGAUAACUUCCAAAACAUGUUGAAGAGUGCAGCGUCCAAAGUUUCUACUGUCCUGGUAAACAAAACAGCAGAGUACAGUGAGAUGGUUUUGCUUUUCGAGAAACCACGGAAGGCACGGGACACGUUUGGUUUUGAGCUUGAAGAUGAUGUAGAUGGUGGGAUGGUAUCUCCUCAACAGAACCCAGUAAAAUUAAUUUUGAACAUUAACAUCGAGUCACCAGUAGUCACAGUCCCACGGAAACCUGGAAGCUCUGAGUUGUUGGUUGGGCACUUAGGCCGGACUUCAAUCCAGAACUUUGUGACGGGCGAGGAUGAUUCUGGGAGAAACCGGCUGCAGGUUGAAAUUAAAGACAUUAAAUUGUAUUCCCUGAAUAACAAUAUACGAGGCUGCAAGCCAGAUGCCAGCGAGUCCUCUCGGCCAAGUUCAGGUGCUGCCAGUGUCUCCAGCCAGGAAGAACUGCACUUCACACGGCAAGAUUUCUUCAAUUCCGUGCACAAGGGUCAAGCCUUUCAUAUCUUGAAUGACACCACAAUUCAGUUUAUUUUGGAGAAAAUUCCAGUUGAGUCAAAUCCAGGUUCGUCUUUCCCAGUUGAAAAUUCUUCAGAUUCCUUUGAGACCACCAGUAAGAUGAAGAUUGAGGGAAAAUUUGUCAAUCCUCUUAAGGUAAUGUUGGCAAAACACGUUUAUGAACAGGUCCUACAGACACUGGACAACCUGACAUACAGUGAGGAUCUCAGCAAAACUCCACAUGGUUCAACCACUGCCACACCAGAAUCUCUCAAUACUACUUCUACGUUGAGAAGCCCAAAAUUCUCUGAUCUCCAACGAGAGUGGAAAGGGAGUGGGCUUUUUGGCCAAGUGAGCUACCCAUCAACUCCAGUUGAUUUUCCAGUUCCGGAGUCAAGAUCGUUCACUCAAAUUCAUGCUAAUUUCUGCAUCUCUGAGCUGCAGGUUCAGCUGUGUGGGGAUCUCACUCUAGAAUCGCAAGGAUUGGUUAGUUUAACAUUUCAAGACUUUGAAGUUGACUUCACUAAAGACCACCCUCAUACGCUCGCCAUCCAGAUCACUCUGCGGUCGCUGCUGAUGGAGGAUUUGUUGGAAAAGAAUCCAGACUCAAAAUAUAAACAUCUAAUGGUGUCUAGAGGAGCACCGAAACCUUCCAGUUUCACUCAAAAAGAAUACCUGUCGCAGUCUUGUCCAUCUGUCUCCAACAUAGAAUAUCCUGAAAUGCCCCGAUCCCUUCCAGCUCACGUAGAAGAAGCACAAAACGUCUUCCAGUUUUACCAGAGGCCAAUCUCUACACGAAGAAAGCGAAACAUGGACAAAAACAUAGAGUAUCCUAUGACCCCGCCGCCAUCCCCAACAUUGAAAAGCUCCAAGUUGCACUGUACUAGAACAAAUUUUGACGAAUCAUUAGUGCAUAUUAAUGUUUUUCUGGUGGAUAAGAAGCAUCCGGAAUUUUCCACACGUUACAACAAGGUCAACAGAAGUGUAGAUGUAGAUUUCAACUGUUUGGAUGUGUUAAUCACACUUCAAACCUGGGUGAUGAUUUUGGAUUUCUUUGGGAUUGGCUCAACGGCUAACAACCAUGGCUUGAAACCUCCUGUGGAGGAGCUCCAGCAUCAACCAACAUCCAGUGGAUCAGGUGCUCCAUCUGAGGCAGGCCAGGAGGAACCAGUCAACACAAAAUUGGAUCUGAAGGUUCACUCCCUGUCUCUGGUAUUGAAUAAGAAGACAAAUGAACUUGCCAAAGCUAAUGUAUCAAAACUGUCAGCACAUCUUGCACUGAUUGAAGGGGACUUUGCUCUACAAGGCAGUCUCGGAAGCCUUUCCCUCAGUGAUCUGACACCCCAUGGAGAGCUGUACAGGGAACGUUUUACCACUAGUGGCAAAGAAGCACUCAUCUUCAACAUUUACAAGUAUGGCAGACCAGACCCGAAGCUUAAGCGAGAUUGUGACAUGAGAGUGAGCCUUCAAAUGGCAUCAGUGCAGUAUGUUCACACCCAGCGCUUCCAAGCCGAAGUGGUGGCUUUUAUUCAGCAUUUCACUCAGCUACAGGAUGUACUGGGGCGGCAGAGAGCAGCCAUAGAGGGACAAGCAGUGCGAGACAAGGCACAGAGAGCCUCUCGGAUCCUACUUGAUAUAGAGGCUGGUGCUCCAGUCCUCCUGAUUCCAGAAAGCUCCAAAUCAAACCAGCUGAUUGUGGCAAACCUUGGUAAACUGAAAGUGAAGAACCAGUUCUUGUUUGCUCGGUCACCGGGUACAUUCUCGCUGCGAGACAAGAAUCCUGAGAGUUCUCCUGUACCUCAAGAUGCCCCACUAUACACUCAGAAGACAAAGAAAACCAGCACCAGCAAUCCUCAGUCCAUUCUCUCUAGACCAGAAAAACUAAGUACUGGGGCCAAGUCCUCUGAUAAAGUUGAUCUUAAUAAACCACACAUUGAAUCUGGAUUGCGCAUGCAUUGCAAAUCACAAGAGAGGCAGCAUGACCAGCCACAGAUUGUGGAACUAAAGGAAUCAGAAGGUGAACAUAUCUGUCUGCUCGACUGCAUCGUGGUUGACCUGCAGGAUAUGGACAUCUUCACCGCAGUGAGAUACCCCAGAGACCACACUGGAAGGCCUGAUAGUUGUAAUUCAGAUUUGCUUUUCCCAUCGUAUCUGGUGAGGCAUGUAGAUGGGAAUCUGCUGAAGGAGCGCUGCUGGCUGAAGCUGCAAGUUGAGCGGAAUCUGGAUAAGGAGAUAAGCCAUGCUGUCCCUGAUGUGGCUAUCCAUGGUAGUCUGUCAUCAGUACAUUGUUCUCUGGAUCUUAAUAAAUACAAGCUGAUUCGUGGAUUAAUUCAGAACAAUCUUGGGGAACCCAUUGAAGAGUUCAUGAGGCCAUUUGACCUACAAGACCCCAGCAUACAUACAGUUCUUAGUGGAGAAGUAUACACAAAUAUGUCCUUUCUAAUUGAUAUGAUGAAUGUUAGCUUGGAGCUCCUGGAAUCGAAGGGCAAGAAUAUGAACACCAAUUCACUGGCAAGGUUUGAUUUCAAAAAGUCAAAGCUGCUUUAUGAGAGCUUUUCAAACACGACUAAGUCCGUAAACCUGGUCUCUCACUCAAUGAUGGCAUACGAUACCCGAAGCAUUGGACAGACAGUGAACCUUGACACCAAACCAAAUGUAUUUCGAUGCAUAUUGGAUGCAUCAAAGAGUAGUAGCAAUCAAGCCUCACUGCAGAUGGAGCUGCAUUACAGGUCAACCAGAGAUGCUUCAUGCUUCACUGUGGUUCUGAACAAUCUGCGUGUCUUUGUUAUAUUUGAUUGGUUGAUGCUUGUGCGGGAUUUCUUGCAAACCUCUAACAGCCCAAAGAAACCAGAAAGUGCCUCACCAGCUCGUGACCGCAAAGUUGGUGGUGAAGUCUUGGUUCCCAAAACGGUAAAGUAUGGAGUCAUCACAAAGCGAUCUUCUGUGCCAAUGCCGAACGAGAAGUAUUUGGAAGUGAAAAUCAACGUAACUGGCACUGAAUUUGUUGUGGUUGAAGACAUGUCAUGCCAUGAUACAAAUGCAGUCAUUCUGAAGGCAACCACCGUGCUCACCUAUAAACCACGGCUUGUAGAUCGGCCAUUCUCUGGCAGCCUUGGAGGAAUUGAGGUAUUUUCAUGCCGACUUGGCAGUGAACAAGAGACUGCUCUGUCUAUCAUCGAUCCUGUAAACGUUCAGAUGGAAUUGAUUGGAAACCCCAUUUAUCAGAAAAGCUCAGGGUUGCUGGAUGCUUUUGGUAGUGAGGAUUUCCCACCAGUUCUUGAGAUUCAGUUCUCAACGCUUGAUAUCAGGCUGUCAUACAAUGAUGUCCAGCUGUUCCUGGCAAUAGUGAAGUCUUUCCCUAAGCAAACCACAGCAUUAUCUACUGUGUCCGAUCCUGAUUCUGUGAAUGCAAGCAACAGCGCGGUUCCUUUGGCAGGAUCUGGGAAAAAAGAGACAAGCAAAUACCGGAUGGAUCCUGUACUUGAAUUGCAGCUGGAUCGACUCCAGGACCUUGGUUUUAGUCUGGAAGAUUGUCGCAGAGCACUGCUGCUGUGCAAAGGCCAACUGAAUCAGGCUGCUACCUGGUUGUUUAAGAAUGCUGAUCCAGUGUCAGCAAAUGGAACCACGUUGUGCAGCAAUGGCCAUGGUACAGGUGCAGCAUUACUGGUCUCCGGGAUUGAAGUGAAGGCUGAGAGCAUCUGUAUCUGUCUGAUCGAUGACUGUAUGGAUUGUGAUGUACCUCUUGCUGAACUUACCUUUUCGAGUAGGUUUCCUACACAAACUUCUGUUCAUAAACAGCUUCAACUCCUCCAUUAUGACCAAUAUGGACUCUACUUCCUGCAGAAAGUUGGAGCAAGCCCAGAAGGCUCUGCCAAUUUUACCUUCACUGGAGAGUACUACAACCGUGAGCUGUCAGGCUGGGAGCCUUUUGCCGAGCCUUGGACUUCUUUCCUGAGCUGGCAGCAGCAGGCAGCCAGCCGUCUACAUCCGCCACGCCUUAAAUUGGAUCUGCAGGCAAAACAACGACUUGACAUCAAUAUCACAUCUGUCCUGAUGGAGCAGUAUAAAAGGACAAAAGCAUCCUGGAUUGCUGAUUACUGCAAGAAGGAAGAAAGAGAGUGUCCAAGAACAUUUCAGUGGAGGACAGGGAUGUACCUCGAUCCAUUAAUGCUCGGACAGACAGAAGGAAAGAUACCAAAAAGACGGCAGCCAUUUGUGCCAUAUGCCCUCAGGAACCACACGGGUUGCACCAUGUGGUUUGCCACGCUCACGACUACUCCAACUAGAGUGGCACUUUCUCACAGUGAGAGUCCAGGUUUUGUACAUGAAGAAUCUGUUGCAGAACCUGAUGACACGCACAAUAUUAGCCAAUGGAGCGAGGUACUCCCAGGAGAAGAAGUGCCUUUUGAAUUUGAAGCCAGGGAAAAGCUAAGACACAGGCACACUCAUGAGUUGAAGAUUCACCAGCUUUUGGUCCGGGUGAAUGGUUGGGAGCAAGUGAGUCCAGUGUCUGUGGACAAAGUUGGCAUCUUCUUCCGAUGUGCAGCACCUGAUCGAAAUAACCAGUCCUCCAUGGUUGGGAGUCCCAUUAGCAAGACCAAUAUAAUACAUCCACAUGUCUAUUUCUCAGCACUGCCUCCUGUACGGGUUGUGUUUUCUGUGACUCUGGAGGGAAGUGCAAGAAAAGUGAUAACUGUCCGCUCGGCACUGAUUGUGAAAAACAAAUUGGAAGUACCUAUGGAACUGAGACUGGAUAGUCCAUCUGCUCCAGACAAACCUGUGGUGCUACCAGCAGUGUUACCAAGUGACUCAUUAGCAAUUCCCCUCCACCUAACAUCAUGGCGUCUCCAAGCAAGACCGAAGGGUCUUGGUCUGUUCUUCUGUAAAACACCUAUCCAUUGGACCAGUGUGGCAAAAGUAGGAGAGGUGAACAGCAGCAAGCGUGAAUGUCACUCAUCAGACUGUGAUGACAACUGCUCCUACAGGUAUUGUGUGGCAGUUAAGAAGGAGAACUAUCCUGACUACCUGCCCUUAAAUUUGAUGUCUGGCAAUGCUAUGCAGGUUUACCGGCAACCAGGCCACACCAUCUACUUGCUACCCACCCUAGUUCUGACCAAUCUACUACCCUGUGAGCUUUCCUACUAUGUGAAAGGUACCUCCAUCCGUGGGCCAUUGAAACAGGGGAAAGAUGCUGUGCUCCACACAGCUGAUACAUCUCAGAACAUCGAACUUGGAAUUACACUAGAAAACUUUCCUGUAUGCAAGGAACUCCUAAUUCCAGCAGGAACCACUAACUAUCAUGUUCGUAUGCGCCUUUACGACACCAAAAAGCGCCUGCUGAAUCUGAGCAUUCGCAUAGUAUGCAGAGCAGAGGGUUCCCUGAAGAUACUCAUUUCUGCACCUUAUUGGCUCCUGAACAAGACAGGGCUGCCACUAAUUUUUCGACAGGACAAUGCCAAGGCUGAUGCAGCAGGACAGUUUGAGGAGCAUGAGCUUGCACGAAGCCUCAGCCCCCUCUUGUUUAGCUUUGCAGACAAAGAGCAACCUAACAUGUGUACCAUGAGAAUUGGGAAGGGGAUCCACCCAGAUGCAGUUCCUGGUUGGUGUCAGGAAUUCUCUCCAGAUGGAGGCAGUGGUGUGCGAGCAGUGAAAGUGAUUCAGCAUGGCAACAGACCCGGACUCAUUUAUAGUAUUGGAAUUGAUAUCCGGAAAGGUAGAGGGCGGUACAGAGAUACCAACAUAGUGACCUUUGCACCCCGAUACCUGCUGGACAACAAAUCCUCACAUAAGCUAGCCUUUGCCCAACGAGAAUUUGCCAGAGGCCAGGGCACUCAGAAUCCAGAUGGUUACAUUUCAACUCUACCUGGGGCCAGCGUUGUAUUUCAUUGGCCAAGAAAUGAUUAUGAUCAGUUAUUGUGUGUACGGCUCAUGGAUGUUUCCAAUUGCACUUGGUCGGGGGGCUUUGAGGUUAACAAGAACAACUCCUUCCACAUCAACAUGAGAGAUACUCAAGGCAACUGUCAUCUCCUCCGAGUGGAGAUUACUCUGAAAGGAGCGACAUACCAUAUUGCAUUCAGUAACACCGAACAGCUGCCACCGCCAUUCCGCAUCGACAACUUUUCAGAGGUUGCAAUCAUUUUCAACCAACAUGGUGUGGCAGAGCCGAGACUAAAGACCGAGGUAAAGCCAGGUACCUCACUGAAUUAUGCCUGGGACGAACCUGUCCUUGAGCCUUUCAUCACACUAACGGUGAAAGGGGCAGGCUCAUCAGAAAUUACCUGUGAUAUGAAUGAUUUCAAAGAGUCCAAACAGCUUUACUAUGAAAAUUUCAUCUAUAUCGCUGCCACCUAUACUUUUUCUGGGCUUACAGAAUCUUCUGGGAGGCCAGUUACUCGAAGUUCAGGAAAUAAAAAUAUUAGGUUUGCAGAAUUGGUUCUGGAUGUCGCACCCACAACUGGAAGAGUGAUACUGAAAAAAAAGGAACCAGGUAAAAGAUCACAGCUUUGGCGCAUGGCCAGUAAUGGAAUGAUAUGCCAUGAAGGUUCUUCUCCUCCUCAUAACCCCAACAAACCCUCCUCCAGUAGGCAGUCAAAUUCUGGACUGGUCCUAGACAUUACAGGCUUGGGUGCUGUCACUGACUGCAGAUAUGAGCCACUCAUGCUGAAAAAGCCAGAGCGACGUCGCAGCAAUACACAAACAUGGUGUUUCCGUGAUGGACGCCUGAGCUGUGGCCUGAUGAGCAUGGUAGUACAGGCAACAAAAGGCUUAUAUGAUGGAGCAGAGGUAGUACUGGGUCCCGAUUCUUCCUUUGGUCUGGAACAAGUUCCAGCUGAGCAACAGUUCAUAAACCAGAAGAUGAGACCUGGGUCAGGAAUUCUGUCUUUACGUGUCAUUCCUGAUGGUCCGACAAGAGUGUUACAGAUCACUGACCAACAGCAUCGCAGAACAAAUCGCUCCCUCACAGGAAGCGAGGACUGUCCUGUAGAAAUCGGUGAAAUUCGGAAGCUAAAGAACUUGGAAGCUGAUCAAGAAUUAGAGGUUUUGGUAAAGCUGGAUGGAGGAAUUGGUUUGUCGCUGGUUAACAAAGCUCCUGAGGAAUUGGUGUUUACCACAUUAACAGGAAUAGAUGUUCGUUACACACAGACUGCCACUAGUCAAUUGCUGGAAGUCAGCAUUCAGGACGUACAGAUUGAUAAUCAGCUCCUGGGAACAAUGCAGCCUGUGAUACUCUCUGUGACCCCCAACAGUCCUGAAAGUGAAACAGAUAGUGUUGAAACAGGUCCUGCUGUUCAGAUCAAUGCAAUGAAGAUCCCCAGCAAGAGUGCACUGACUGAACUCUUCAAGCAUCUUAUGAUCACAGUACGGAAACUAACAGUUCAAAUUGAAGAGAAGCUCUUGCUGAAGCUGCUACACUUUUUUGGCUUGGGGCAGUUGGAUCAAGAUGUUGAAAAGCCAGAUGAAAAUGCCCCGGAACAGAGCAAUGAGCAAGGUGGGACAGCAAAGCGCUACUAUUUUGAAAACCUCAAACUCAGCAUGCCACAAAUCAAGAUGAGUGUGUUUACCUCCAGCAAAUUACCACUUGAACUCAAGGCUUUGAAGGGUAUUCUGGGAAUACGAUUGAUUCGAUUUGAGGAUGCAGUUAUUCACUUGGAUCCAUACACCAGAGUGCAUCCGUAUGAGACACAGGAAUUUAUCAUCAAUGACAUUCUCAAGCACUUUAAGGAGGAGUUGAUGAGUCAAGCAACUCGAAUCCUGGGCUCGGUGGAUUUUUUGGGCAAUCCCAUGGGACUUCUGAAUGACGUUUCAGAAGGUGUCUCCGGGCUGAUCAAAUAUGGAAACGUUGGAGGCUUGAUACGAAAUGUCACGCAUGGUGUCUCCAAUUCAGCUGCUAAGUUUGCUGGAACUUUAUCAGACGGAUUGGGAAAGACAAUGGACACAAGACAUCAGGCUGAGCGUGAAUCUAUCCGCUAUCAAGCAGUGACCAGCGGUGAGCACCUUGUGGCUGGAAUUCAGGGCCUGGCUCAUGGUAUACUUGGUGGAUUCACCAGUGUCAUCACUUCAACAGUAGAAGGAGUGAAAACAGAUGGUGGCGUCAGUGGUUUUUUCUCAGGCCUUGGAAAAGGACUCGUCGGCACAGUAACCAAACCUGUAGCAGGUGCUCUGGACUUUGCUUCAGAGACAGCACAGGCUGUGCGGGAAACCACAACAGUAAGCAACUACAGGAUGCUUAACCAGAGAGUUCGAAGGCCACGCUGUUGCAUUGGACCCCACGGCCUCCUACCCAGAUAUAGUGAGAAACAGGCCGAAGGACAGGAGCAGCUUUUCAAAGUGACUGACAAUAUUCAGGCUGAAUUUUUCAUUGCUGUGGAACAGAUUGACAGUUACUGUGUUCUCAUAUCAUCGAAGGCAGUGUACUUUUUGAAACAUGGCGACUAUAUUGACAGGGAUGCCAUUUUCCUAGAGGUCAAAUAUGAUGACCUGUACCACUGCCUCAUCACAAAGGAUCAUGGGAGGGCUUAUUUACAGCUGACAAAAAAAGCUGAAAGUUCGAGCAGUGGUGUGGCCAUACCUGGGCCAUCACAUCACAAACCAAUGGUCCAUGUGAAAUCAGAGUCUCUUGCACUGAAGAUCUCACAAGAAAUUAAUUACGCCAAAAGCCUCUACUAUGAGCAGCAGCUCAAGUUACAAGCCACCCAGAACCAAGAGAACCUGGAGCUGGACUCCUAGAAGCCUUUCUAGAGAACAGUCACUUAUAAUACAAGUUCUGUGACAAACAACAUUGAUUCUCAUGUAUGGUAGUAUAUUGUAUGAGUACGCAUCUCAUGAACUAAUUUCGUUUGAACCUCAGUUUAAAGCCUAGUCGAAGCAAACAGGUGAGGGAUUGAUGACAUGCUUAGUUUUGGAGACAGUUUAUUACAAGAACUUAAUGCGGAGCAGGUUCUGUUCAAAUUGUAUUUUACAUUUUAUAUAUUGUAUUUACGGAGAAAAAUUGUGACAGAGUUGAGAGUUCUUUAUAUUUUACUAAUCUGUACAUACCUGUAAUAUUACUUUAAUGUAAAUAUUUAGAAAAGCUCACAGGAACAACUUGUGUACAGAAGCUGCAUUUAGAACUAGCUGCAGCAUAAUGUAACAGAUUACUUUAUUGCACUAGUAUGAUAUCUAAAUGGAUUUCAUUUCUCAGGGCAGUAAAUGCCCUAUGGAGUGGUCAGGGAAAUAGCAUUUGCGAAAAGAGUUACCAGGUCCACUGGCUACUCUUUCCAGAUCCUUGCUUGUCACACAACUUAGAGUCACUGCCUUUGCAAAUUGAUAAACCAGGUGAAUUGUUAGCACAAAUAGGGAAAGCAGUGGGUUGAGGGGGAAAUUAUAUAGUAUCAGCAUGGGUAUAGAUUCAAAAGUGUAUUUCUGUGAUGCAGUAUUACAAAGUCACUUUUCUGACAAUGUGUGGGAGUGACCGUGAGAUGACUGCUACCGUCUUGGCGAUGAGUGGUUAAGUCAGAUGGGGAGGAUAUUAUCUGGUGUGGUUUAUAAUUUCAGCCAGAAGCACAGGGAUAUGAAUAAAAAUUCCAUCUACCCUCUCUUCAGAUUGAAUAAAGUUAUCAGCAAUUAAGAAAAUCCUCUUUCUCCUCACCCUCACUCUCUGGCUUCUGUCAAAAGAGCACAAAGUAAUAGCAAGGAGUGAAUUGAUGUGUCUUUGAUCGCAGAAUGCUGUGCAGUUGCCUGUUGAGAAAUAGCCGUUGAAUGUGGUCAGAUUCUGAUGGGAUUUGGAACAAGUUUGUGACAGAGUACUAUCUGUGUAACCACAGCUGCACUGAGACCUAUUGUAAGUAUACUUAGUGUGUACAUGGGUGCACAUGCUCAGAAGAAGUUUAUAGUAUUACAGUUAGAAAAUUAGCUCUCUAGAAAAGGAAAGACUAUAACUUAAAACCCCAAUUAUAACACAGAGGGGUCUUGUCUCUGCACUGUAUGCACAAAAUGUGUUGGACAAAUUUCUGCCACUAUUUUCUGUUAUUGUAAGAGGAAUCAGGAAUAAUACAUCAUGGUAUUCAAACAAUGGUUGGUUUGAUGAGGAGAGCUGAAUAUUAGAGUGACCAUCCAGUAGACUGCCAGGUUUAGUGACUGCACAGUAAUUUUGAAGACCAAACAAGAAGUGACCGACCAGAGACUCCACACACGUGCAGGUGUCCCAAGUGGACAAAGUUGUAUUUUCAGGGAGCAAAGGCUGCCUACAUUAAGGAGAGAGCUGAAUCCAACCUGUUUAAUCAUAUACUGUAUGCUGUACAGCAGAUGAUGUGUAAUCUGAUAAUAUUUGAGAGUCACUGAUUGUUUGAUUCAGAAGAGAUCCUGAUCAGCUUGCUGCACGAGAGAUUCUGAUCAGUCUGCUAUGGUGGUAGGCUCCAGCAGAACUGUGUUUGGAGUUGCUAUUCCUGCUUUCCUUCUAAGGCACCAUCUUUGAGAUUAUUUUACAAGUUUUCCCAGGUUUGGUGGGUGGAGGGUAUGGGUUGGAGUGAGAUAGGUUUAUAUAUUCCUGCAAGGGACAUGUAACAAAAAAAGAUGAUUUUACCAUCCCUACCCAAACCCAGCAACAUAAUUGAUUUUUUGUGAAUUUUUAUCAUAAAAUAAAAUGAAUUAUUACAAAA